GCUGUUGUAGUACAAAUAACCUAAAAAUAUAACCUAAAAAAAUGUUUUUUCAAAGAAAUCCCAAUAUUUUAAAUUUAAUUAAUAGGAAAAGGGUUUUUAAUUCAAGUUGCCUAGAUUGUAUUCGCACAAAAAGUUCAAUAGAACCAGGAAAAAAAGCUUAUUCACAUACUAUUCUUUCGCCUAAAACAAAUUUCCCGGCCCGAUCUAAUAAUGCUACAAAAGAAGAAAUUCAGAAGUUGGCCCAGUUCGCAGAACUAUAUAAUUGGCAGAGAAAGCAUUUAGGUGGUCCAGAAUUUGUAUUACACGAUGGGCCACCUUAUGCGAAUGGCGAUCUGCACAUGGGUCAUGCAGUCAAUAAGAUUAUAAAAGAUAUUAACAACAGAAGCCAAGUAUUACAAGGGAACAAAGUGCACUAUGUUCCAGGUUGGGAUUGCCAUGGCUUACCAAUAGAGCUCAAAGCCCUACAAAAGGCUAGAAAAACAUUAAAGGGUGGAGAAGUCACAAAUCAUGUCCUAAUAAGAGAAUUGGCCCGCAAUUUUGCAUUAGAAACUGUGGAAAAUCAGAAGGAAUCCUUCAAAAGUUGGGGUGUUAUGGCAGAUUGGGAGAAUCAGUGUUAUUUGACUUUGAAUAAAAACUAUGUUCAAAAUCAGCUAAGGCAAUUUUACAAAAUGUUCAAGUCAGGCUUGAUUUAUAGAGCACUCAAGCCCGUUUACUGGUCUCCAUCAUCCAAGACUGCAUUGGCAGAAGCUGAACUGGAAUAUGACCCAAAGUUCAAAAGCAAGGAGGUUUAUGUUGCAUUCCCUGUUGAGAAGAUGUCCACCAAGAUACAGGAGGCGGCCGCUGGGCAAAAAGUGUCAGCUAUUAUUUGGACAACAACCCCGUGGACUCUGGUCGCGAACCAUGCCAUCUGCUACAGCGGACAGUUGAAGUAUAGCUUGGUCACUCUGGGUUGUCGACCUGGUGGCUUGUUCCUGAUGGGCAGUGAUCUCAUUGAAGGGUUGGAGAAGAUUUUGGCCACGGAGAUAAAUAAAGUCGCUGAGUUUGAUGGACAGGAACUACAACAUUGCACAUACAAUAACAAGCUAGUGAGAGAUGGUUUGCCGUUUCUCGCUGGUGACCACGUGACGUCUGGGAAAGGCACGGGGCUCGUACACACGGCGCCUGCGCACGGGCCCGACGACUUUCUAGUGGCCAUCAGGAAUAAUAUGGAAGUCCAAUGUGACGUAGACGAGUCCGGUCGUUACGUGAACUUGGACAGUGAGCUGAACGGUCUCCCAGUACUCGGGGAAGGUCAGGAGCUGGUGAUCACCAGGUUAGGAGAGUCGGUGCUUCACCAGGGGGUGUACGAGCACUCUUACCCCCUGGACUGGAGGACCAAGAAGCCGGUCAUCGUCAGGGCGAGCCAGCAGUGGUUUAUCGACACUGAGGCGCUGAAGGAAAAGGCUUUGGGUGCUCUAGAGAACAUAUCGGUCUUACCGAUCUCUAGUGCUGAACAGUCGCGUCGUGGGUUCCGUGGGUUGCUGCAGCAGAGGCCGUAUUGGUGCAUAUCGAGGCAGAGGGCUUGGGGCGUGCCCAUCCCAGCCCUAUAUGGGGGGCAUGACGUCAUUGUAGACCUGCGCGUGAUUGACAGGCUUUGUUCUUUGAUCGAAGCCAAAGGCCCAGACGCGUGGUGGACUUGUGACGUCACCGAGUUGUUGCCAGACGACGUGGUGGAAGAGUAUAAAUUGCUUGAUGACGUCACUAAAGGACAGGACAUAAUGGACAUCUGGUUCGACUCCGGCAUAUCCUGGUCGACGCUGGGCGGUAAGAGGGCCCGCUUGUACUGCGAGGGGCAAGAUCAGCUCACUGGCUGGUUCCAGGCCUCGCUGCUCACUUCACUCGCGUUGACUGGGGAAGCGCCGUACCAGGCAAUCUUCGUACACGGCUUCGUGGUAGACGAUAAGAAGAGGAAGAUGUCGAAGUCGAUAGGCAACGUAAUUGAACCACACACCAUCAUACAUGGAGGGAAGGAUCCAAACACCCAGCCACCGUAUGGCAUUGAUACUUUACGUUGGUGGGUCGCGAGUCAUUCUACACAGCAUUCACAAAUUCAGAUAAGCAAAAAGCUCUUAGACGACUGCCAGGGCGAAGUCAUCAGAAUUAGAAACAUGUUGAAAUAUCUUUUAGGCGUAAUCGGAGACUUGGAAAAGGCACAAUUCGUGAAAACUCCAGUACUGAACUAUUUCGACCAAUACAUGGUGAAUGAAAGCCACGAAUUCCUACAUCAGACCACGGAGAACUACAACAACUUCAGAUAUAAUAAUGUAGCGCAAAAUGUGCUCUAUUUCAUAAGCAAUAAGGUCUCCGCGUUGUAUUGUCAAUGCGUCAAAGAUAGACUGUAUUGUUCACCGAAAAGUUCCGAUGAAAGACUAUCUGCACAGUUGGUCGUACACACGAUUCUAGUGUCUAUUUGUAAGGCGUUAGGGCCUAUUUUGCCGCAUCUGAUCGAAGAAGCGUGGCGCUACCACCCGCUGUACGAAAACCCUUUCUAUUUCACUAAAGAAGUACCGGUUCUUGAAAAGACACCUGUUGAUACGUCAUUAAUGGAUACAAUUUUGGAUAUAAAAAAAGAUCUCUGUGCUAUAGCAAAAAAUGACAGCUUGAAAAAGUUUAAAGCGAAUAUAAAAUUAAAAGAAUAUUUAUUCAAUAAUUUGGAGGCAAUAAACACCAGUGACAAUGUCAAUGAUAGUGUGUUGUGUGAAAUUCUGGAAGUUUCCAAAGUCGUUUUGGAUGUUAAGUAUGGCGCGAAGAACUGGGCCAUGGAAUUGUCUACGAGCGAUGCUAGUCAAUGUUUGAGAUGUAGGAAAUAUAACGUUUAUAAUGAUAGCGAUAAAUGCGUUAGGUGUGAUUUAGUUGUUAAUUCAUUAUGAACCUAAUGUGCUAGGAAUAAUGGCAAGGAUAGCAUACGUCCGUCCAUCUUAAAUAUGCUUGUUAUUCUGUACUGUAUGGUUGGUGUAGCAGUUUACAACUGCUGUACCAGCUAUCUUCGCGUUUGGACUUUAUCAUCACUUAACAUCAGGCGGGGUAGAGUCAUUUGUUUACCUGACAAUAUAAAAAAAAAGUUUUUUGUUUGUUUGUAUAUAUAAGUUCUAAUAUUGUUAUAAUAAAGAUGAUUUAAAAUCAA